AUGUUCUUCCACGGAGGGAUGGAGUCACCUGCGGUCCCCCGUUAUGCGCCCCCGCCGGGCUUUGUGCGUAAGACCAAAGCGGAGAAACGCGAGCUCAAGGCGGCAAAGAUGCGAGAGCUGCGCGGCGAGUGGCGGAGGAGGGAGCGGGAGGGUCGGCGGAAGCAGGUGGCGCAGCGGGCCGCCGAACGCGGCGCCAUGCUCGAGCGCAUGUCCGAGGAGGAGCGCGCCGACUUUUGGCGCGCCGAGAGGGCGGAGAAGGAGCGGCUUGAGCAGGAGAAGAGGGAGCAGAACGAGCGGCUCGAUGCGGCGCUGAGCGACGGCGUUCGGGUGGUGGUCGACCUCUCGUAUGGCGCGACGAUGAACCUCAAGGAGCAGCGCUCGCUCGCCCGGCAGCUCGGCCGCUGCUGGGGCGCCAACCGGCGUGCGCCAGCGCCGGUCGCUCUGCACCUCGCGUCGAUGCAGCGCUGCCCGGCGCCCUGCCUGCCGCAAGACGGCGACCACAAGCGGUGGAAGGUGCGGCUGCUCGACGAGGACCUCGAGCACCACUUCUCUCCCUCCGACCUCGUCUUCCUCUCCCCGGAUGCGGACGAGGCCCUCACGUGCGUCGACAAAUCAAAGGUCUACGUCAUCGGCGGCCUCGUCGACGUCUCUGUGCAAAAGCGCUCCUCGCUGACGAGGGCGAGAGAGCUCGGCGCGACGGCGGUGCGGCUGCCGCUGCGGGAGCACGUCGCAGACGUCGCCAACCGGCGGCAGCCCCUCACGCUUCCUGCGGUGCUCGAGAUGCUUCUCCACGUCAACGCGACCGGCGACUGGCUCGCCGCCAUCGAGGCGGCGCUGCCGGCCCGCAACCACACGCGCCCCCCAGAGCUCUCCCGCUCCGGGCGGCGCAAGGGCAAGCGGGCGCGCCUCGAGGCGCAGGCGAGCGGAGCCGAGGCCAGCGGCCCCUCCUCCUCCGGCCCCUCCUCCUCCGGCCCCUCCUCCUCCGGCGCCGCCGAGGGAGCUGCCGCCGAAGGAGCUGCCGCCGAGGGCCUCUCUGGGGCCGCUCGAGAGGGCGGCAGCAGGGAGGGCGACAGCGGCGAGGGCGACAGCGGGGAGGGCGGCGACAGCUCCAGCGACGAUAGCUCUGGCGAGGACGGCGGCGCCGAGGGUGCAAGUGAGGGCGCUGGCGAAGGCAGAGCUUGCCAAGCAUAG